AAAUGUUAGAUUUAAAUAUAUUUUCGAAUGAAAAAACAACUAAAAAAACUAAUAAUGAUUUAGAAUUGGAGAAUGAUGAAUGUGAUUAUGAUAUUGAAGAAGUUAUUAAUGCUUCCACAA